ACGAAGAAGAAGAGACAGGAAGUUUUGUUCAGCUGCUUUUGACAGCAACCAACAAGCAGCGAAAUGUUGAAAUAACACCUCGAGCUCACAGCUCAUCACCACAAAGGGAACAUAUUUUUACCUAGGGAACAUUUCCCAGUGUCCAUUCAACAAUCACGGUCCUUCGGGAGAAUAAAAUGGAGGGUCCCCUGCCCCUGACAUCGCUGAGGGUCCUAGUUCCACCCCUGCGGUUAAUGUCGGCUGUGAUGUGGAAGGUGGUCCGUCUAAGAAACAUAAAGCACUAUGGGAAGGUGGAGGAGUUUCUGUCCUUGGUAGCUGAAGCCGUUCCUGACAUCCUGACAGACAGACAGAUGAGACUGCUCACGCUGGGCUUAAGGGUAAAGAUGACGUUACAGAUGUUAAGUUCCAGUCAUUCAGACCUUCAUGUCUCAGCACACUUGGACGGCCUGCUACAAGCUAGUUCGAGACAGGUUCAUCCAGGAAUUGAACCUCUUGAAGCCAACUUUGUCGGGUUUGUUCAAAGACUCCUGGAAGACUCUAAAGAGAGAGAACACUUCCUGACGAAUGUGUUUCCUGUGGAGUAUGGGCCUGACUUUGAUGCAGCACUGGAAUCACUAGUUUGUGAGUUCUUCACCAAACUGGAAGUGCUGUUUUUUGUACCAGACUUUAAGCAGACUGCAGUGUGGAUCGGUGAUACACCCUCUGUGGUAGAAGAGUGCAUACAGUGUGUAACUGAAGCAGAUCACCUCAAAUGUUUGCUCAAAAGCAAGGUGUGCCAUGGUGAAAUUUCCAAGAUGGAUUCUAGUGUGUCGUCUCCUUCAGAGCAGCGGCUCUUCUCAUCGUUAUCACUCCUUGCUUCACUGAGAAACAACAGUGCCAAAGAUGUGGAAACUCAUACACAAACAUUUGAAAACCAAAGAGGAUGUGCCGCAGCUGUUCUUCAAGAAGGUGAAGACUUCGACAUGCAGGGUAAAACUUGGCCCUAUGAGGCGUCAAACAGCAGCAAUGCAGAGCAAACAACAAGUGGCAAAUGCAGUGACAGUAUCCUCAGUGAUGACCAAGUCACAGCCGCCUCCCAGGAUCCACCAUCAUCUGCUGACAAUCCUGUAACAUCCAGCUCUAUGAUCGGACCCCCAAGGCAGAGAGUUGCACACAAAUGCACUCAGUGCGGAAAGUGUUACAUUUACCGUUAUGAACUCCUGGAGCAUCAGCGGCUGCACACUGGAGAAAACCCUUAUAAGUGCUCUCAGUGUGGAAAAGCCUUCAGGAGGACCUCUGAUCUAUCCAGUCACAGGCGCACGCAGUGCACAAAAGCAGCUUAUGUUUGCAUCAAAUGCGGGAAAAGCUUUCAGUCGAUACAGGAAAAAUUUAGACACCACUGCCUUCACAGUGUCCAAACGUUUGACUGUUCCCAGUGUGGAAAAAGCUUCAAAAGAAUGUAUCUGCUGGGUAAACACCAGCUGACUCACAACCAGAACCGUGUUUUCACAUGCAAACAGUGCAGCGAGGUGUUCUCCAGUAUGAGUGACCUGAGGUCCCACCAGAAGAUUCAUCCUCCUGAGCUGUCCAAUCAGUGCCAGCAGUGCGGGAAAUUUUUCAGCUCCAGCGCGUGUCUGACAGCUCACGAGCUGCGCCACAGACAGCAGAGGACGCAGAUUUGCGUGUGCUGCGGCAAAGCCUUCAAGAGCAAACACGACCUGAGCCUCCACAUGCGCAGUCACACGGGCGAGAGGCCGUUUCAGUGCACGUACUGCGGGAAGCGGUUCUCCGUGUCAGGAAAUUUGAACAUACACAUAAGAACUCACACAGGAGAGAAGCCGUAUCUUUGCUCCGACUGCGGCAAGGCUUUCAUCUCAGCCGGCGAGCUACAGAUACACAGGCGCACUCACACCGGUGAGAAACCGUACAAGUGCUCCGUGUGUGACAGGAGAUUCACCAUGGCGAGCAAAGUGACGCUUCACAUGCGCGUUCACACCGGAGAGCGUCCAUACGUGUGCUCUGAAUGUGGUAAGGGCUUUUCACGUGGGAGUGAACUGAAAAAACACACCAUGAGCCAUACAGGGGUUCGACCCUACGCCUGUCAGUUGUGUGUAAAGACAUACACAUGUCUGAAUCACCUGAAAAGACACUUAAAAACUCACAGUGAGGUCCAAACCCAAGCUCUCUGAUUGAUUAUUAUAUAUUUAUACAUUUUUAUGAGUGAAUAUUGUCCAUAUACAGUGAGCCUGAACAGAUUGUGGUGUUAGAUGUAUGCACUUUGUCAGAGGUUUCAUACUCAACCUCUAAUGUUUCCUCUAUGCUGCAGACAGACUUUUACUUACUCAGUCCUCAUCCUUCUCUGUCUGAUCGGUUUUGAUUAUAGAUUCUAAAAUAUAAACUUUAAGUGCAGCUUCAUACAUUUCCUUUAUUAUUUUGUGCCUAUUUCUAUUGUCGGUUAACAAUUCAUUUCUUACUGACGUUAGUAUUAUUUACCAGUAUCAGUGUAUCAAAUUUCAAAACACUAACUCUUAACAGUGCCGUGGUUCCAUUUGUGUAUCCCCGACAGAAGCACAAUGUACACAUUAUAAAAGCACAGUGUAUCUUUCAGUGCACACUAUCAGUAUUCUAUAUUUGAAAUAAAAAACAAUAUUGAAAAGGGGAACUAAAUAAACUGAACAUUGAAGA